CAUGGAAAAUAAUUUAAGCCGUAUUUUGGAAAUAUCCUUCAAUUUAUCAACAUCCGAAAAAACGAGCGUUGAAAGAGUUACUGGAGCCGAAUUAAGAUUUUGCACUCAGGUUACAUCGUCGAAUAAAAUGGGUACUGGAGUAUCUCGUGACAUAAAAGUUUCAGUUUUAGAAGAGAAUCGAAAAAGAACUUUAAAGAAACGUAUGAUAUAUGGCGGUAGCGUAAAUGGCCAAAGGAAAUGGCACUCUUUCGUUCUUCCUGCAAUUUGCGUUCAGAAAGAAAGCGUUAUUUUACAAAUACAAAUGGAACGUUCAAUUGGUGAAGCGAAUUUGGAUAUUGAACUCUUUGAGGAAAGAGCUCGACCCCAUUUGGUAUUAUAUUCUAUUGACAAUUCGGGAUUUGGUAAUUUAGAUGACGAAUUAAAUUUUAUAUUACAAAAUUCUAUAUCUCAAAGCAUGCAGCCUGUAAUUGAUAAAGAUUUAAAAUCAAAGGAAGAUAUUAUUGAAGAGAAAUUUGAAAGAAUAAAAGCAAGUAUAUCAGAAAAUGAAUCAAUCAGGACUAAACGAGAGACUUUAGAUUGUUCAUUGAGACCAAUGAGAGUAAAUUUUAGAGAUAUCGGAUGGAAUUUCAUGAUUAAACCAAUAGCAUAUGAAGCUAACAAGUGCGUUGGUGUAUGCAAAUUGCCAUUUUCAUCAUUUUCAUCCCAUACUAAACAUGCAAUCGUUCAAGCCAGUCAUAAAACACUAUCAUGGUCUUCUACUGAUUGGCCUUGCUGCGUACCCAUACAACUCGAUCCCUUAUCAGUUCUAUAUUACGAUCGACGAAAUAUACCAACAUUUAGGUACAGCUAUGAUGGUAUGGUUGCAAGAAAGUGUGGUUGUAGAUAG